AAACAUGGCGGAGCAUGACGCAGAGAUAGUUUUUAAAAAGGAAACGGUAGGGAAACUUCUGUCCGGUUUCUUUAAGGAAGACAAGACCAAACUGAGUAGUGACGCCACGCUGCUCAUGGCAGAGAUCCUUAAAGUGUUUGUCCAAGAGGCUGCUAUGAGGUCACAGAAACAAGCGCAGUCAGAGGACUGUGAUCAAGUGGACAUCGAGCACUUUGAGAAGAUCCUGCCUCAGCUGCUGUUGGACUUCUAGGUGCCACACGAUGGAGCCAGAGGGUUGGCUGCAUGUCCCUACUUUAAUCCCACAUCUUCAGCUCGUCCAGCUCCAUGUUGACUUUAAGUGAUGUUUAUCUUUUCUGUAUAAUUGCAAUUUCAUAAUCUCUCAAAUCAGAGAUUACAUGGUAAUGCUCAUCCUGCAAUUGUUUGAGUUGAGUGAUUUAUUUAUUUAUUUUUUUGAGUAGAAAGCAACAGUGCUGUCCACUCACCUCCAUGCCACCACCAAUAAGGCCCACCUGUGCUCCUCUGUGCAACAACAGGUGCUUCCAGCAUGCUCCAUGGUGCCCUUCAUCAAAGCCUCCUGGAGCAGUUGGAAGCAAUUAGAGUAAUAAGGGGAGCAGCCAGUCCCUUAGAUGAUGACAAGUGCCAGGAAAAAAGGAGUACCCCCUCCAGCCACUUUGAAGUUCCCUUUUGCUGUCCUGCGAUGUUUAGUUGGAGGUGGGGGGAAGGGCAAAGGGGACCUCUGACACAGGGGGAAAGUUGAAUGUGAGUGUGCAUGCACAAAUGUGUGCAUGUGCUUGCCAAACAUAGCACGAGACCACACGCGUAGAUAUUCUGUUUGAAAGGAAACAUAACAAAACACAUCGGAACAUGGUCCAAGAAGAGCAGGGUGUAAUUCUGAAGGUAAAUAAACAAAGUAGGCGAGUAGUCGAGGUGCUUUCUCUCCUUUCAUCACAGCAGAGGGGGAUGUUGGGAUUGCAUGGAAGAGGCUAAUGUGGGGUUUUCUAACCCAUGUGCCUCUGAUGGUUUUCCACCAGUGGUGUGUUUGACCAGCGUGUCUUUGCCGUGAGUCAGCAUUGCUUCACAACACCUCACACUAUUUAUUUGUGUGGCUCUUGAGUGACUCACUAUGAUUACAAACGCUGCUCAUGUACAGCUGGAAGCAACUUGAGCUCAAGUCAAGGGCCCAGGCUUGGAUAGGUGAUCAAGGACGCAGCACCUGGAAUUUGACCCAGCACCUUUUUAGCAGGGCCCAGACUGGAUUUGUGUUUCCCUGGAGUGACUUCCACAGCAGGCUUUCAGGGAGUUUGGUUGAGUGAUGUUGAGUUUAAUGAUCCCACAAGGACCAUUAGUGUAGAAAACUACUUUUUGUGUAGAAAAUAAUUUGUUUGGCUAAUUAUUACAGUCUUAAUAACAAGUCUUGCCCUCUAGUUUUGUGUCCUGCACUGCCACAAGCUACCCAUUCAGCCCCAGCAGACUCCUUUUUUAUCAGCAGUUAUAAAACUACAUUGCUUAUUAAAAUACAAUACCUCCUUGAUGUAAAAUUGUAAAAAAGUGUAUUUUUAUUGUAGUGUAUAUAUCAUUUCUGCAGUUUUGUUCAUCCGUGCAUCAAUAAAAAUGAUCUUUGGCUCCAGAA